AUGGACCAGGACGGAAAGAAGCAGUAUGCAGGCUCAGAGGAUACCGGCAGUGUCAUCGAAAGGAUCAGUCCCGAGGACGACCUACGCAUUCGCAGAACUCUUGAACGAUGGCUACUGCCUGUAAUGGCCCUUUCCUACGCUUUCCAGUACCUUGAUAAAUCCGCCCUUGCGUCGACCGCGAUUCUCGGCCUCCGUACGGACCUGAAGCUCACAGGCAAUAAAUACUCUUGGGCCAGCAGUAUCUGCUACUUCGGCUACCUGAUCGCUUCGUACCCAGCGGGCUUAAUGAUGGUCAAGUGGAAAGUGGGCAAGUCUAUUACCCUUUCUAUCUUGAUCUGGGGUGCUGUCCUUAUGGUCACUGCUGCCUGUCACAAUGCUGCUGGUCUUCUGGCCACUCGAUUCUUCCUCGGUGUAGCGGAAUCUGCCAUCGCUCCUGGUCUUACUAUUAUGAUCUCCAUGUUCUAUAAGCGCAAAGAACAGCCACUAUGUCACGCGGCUUGGUUCCUAGGCAACACCACGGCUGGAGCAUUAGGAGGUCUUCUAAACUUCGGCAUUGGCCACAUCCGCAUCAUUGCGCCGUGGAAACUUCUGAGCAAAGAGGAUCGGGAGAAAGCUGUGAUCAGGGUAAAGGAUAAUCUGACUGGUAUCAAGAGUAAUGAGCUCAAGUGGGAUCAGUUCAAGGAAGAUCUGACUGACCCUAAGACAUGGUUCCUGUUUUUCCUGCAAAUUGGACUCAACAUACCCAACGGCGGCAUUACUUCAUUCAGGUCCAUUAUACUGCAAGGUAUUGGCUUUAGCACUUUCCAGACUCUCCUCUUGCAGAUGGCGCCUUAUGGGUUGCAACUGAUUCUUGUCAUCGUCUGCACCGUCGGUAGCAGGAUCUGGGAGGGCACACGUACUUACUGGAUGAUGAUGUGCUUUGCCCUGGCUCUCGUUGGAGCUGCCCUUGUCCGUGAACUGCCAGAACAUGACAGAUGGGGACGCUAUGCUGGCACUUGCUUGAUGGGCGGCUACUCUGGGUGUUUCCCCCUCGUCAUGUCGCUGAUGUCAGGCAACGUUGGUGGCUUCACCAAGAAGACGACUGUUAAUGCUCUGGUCUUCAUUGCCUACUGCGCUGGAAACAUCAUUGGCCCACAGCUGUUCUUUGCGCGCGAGGCCCCCAGGUAUGACAGCGGAUUUGCUGCUAUGAUGGUGUCCCUAUCAGCUUGCUUCGUGCUUUCCUAUACUUUCCGUCGUUACUUUAUCUGGGUCAACAAGAAUCGCGAUCUCGAGGAGGCCACGAUGGACAUGGCCGACGCCGAUCCUGUUUCUCGUGAAGCACUGUCUGAAGCUAUGGCCAUGGAUGACAAGACGGAUACCCAGAUCAGGAACUUUAGAUAUGUCUACUAA